CUAUCCAAAACCCACCAUACCUUCUCUCUUACACUCUUCCCCUCAAAAACAUGUCUGGCAUCAAACAAAUGUUCGCCGGAAUGUCCGAAUCCGGCAAGAAAAGAAAGAAACUCUAUCUCGCCGUCGUCAUCGCCUCCAUCCUAAUCGUAUCCGCCGUCAUCGCCAUUGUCGCCGGCGUCAAAAAUUCCACCACAACCUCCUCCUCCGGCGCCGCCAUCGCCGCCUCCACUCACGCCAUACUAAAAUCCUCAUGUAGCAACACCCUCUAUCCCGACCUAUGUUACUCAACUGUUGCCACCAUCCCAGACGUCAGCAAAAAAGUAACAACCUUAAAAGACAUCAUUAUCCUAUCCUUAAACAUUACAAUAACCGCCGUCGAACAUAAUUACUUCGCCAUUUUGAAACUCACAAAACGCAAAGGAUUGACCAAACGCGAAAUAACGGCUCUCCACGAUUGUCUCGAAAUGGUAGACGAAACUCUAGAUGAGCUUCGUGAAGUUGAAAAGGAACUUGAUCAAUACCCCACCAAAAAAUCGUUAACCCAACACGCCGACGAUUUGAAAACGCUACUCAGCGCCGCCAUAACGAACCAGGAAACAUGUCUCGAUGGCUUCUCGCAUGAAAAGGCCGACAAGAAAGUGCGUUCCGCGUUAGAGAAAGGAGAAGUUCAUAUCGAGAAAAUGUGUAGUAACGCUUUGGCGUUAAUCAAGAACAUGACCGAUACCGAUAUCGCAAACGCAGCUAAACUAACAGGUGUAUUACCAACGAACAGGAAACUUAUGGAGUUAGAUCAAACCGAUGAAGGGUGGCCGGAAUGGAUAUCGCCGGAGACGCGUAGACUUUUGCAGUCUUCAUCGGUGACGCCGAAUGUUGUGGUGGCGGCGGAUGGAAGUGGGAAUUUUAAGACGGUGUCGGCGGCGGUUGCGGCGGCGCCGACGAGUAGUAGUUCUCGAUAUGUGAUUAGGAUUAAAGCUGGUGUUUAUAGAGAGAAUGUGGAUGUUUCUAAAAAGAAGACGAAUAUAAUGUUCGUCGGAGAUGGAAGAAAGACGACGAUUAUCACCGGAAGUAAGAAUGUCGUUGACGGAAGUACGACGUUUAACUCUGCAACCGUUGCCGCGGUUGGACCUGGUUUUCUAGCCCGUGACAUAACAUUUCAAAACACGGCCGGUCCAUCAAAGCACCAAGCGGUGGCACUACGUGUCGGUUCCGACAAAUCAGCGUUCUAUCAAUGCGACAUCAUAGCCUACCAAGAUAGUCUUUACGUACAUUCCAAUCGACAAUUCUUCAUCAACUGCUACAUUGCUGGAACCGUCGAUUUCAUCUUUGGAAAUGCGGCUGUGGUAAUCCAAGACUCAGACAUUCACGCACGUCGCCCCAACUCCGGGCAAAAGAACAUGCUCACUGCUCAGGGUCGAACCGACCCUAACCAAAACACGGGGAUUGUAAUUCAAAAAUGUAGGAUUGAUGCCACUUCGGAUUUGAAACCUGUGAAGGGAAGUUUCCCAACUUAUCUUGGUCGUCCGUGGAAGGAAUAUUCGAGGACAGUGUUUAUGCAAUCGAGUAUUAGCGACAUUAUUCAUCCAUUGGGAUGGCAUGAAUGGAGUGGUACAUUUGCGUUGAGUACAUUGACGUAUAGGGAGUAUCAAAAUACGGGGGCGGGAGCGAGUACGAGUGGAAGGGUGAAGUGGGGAGGAUAUAAGGUUAUUACGUCGGCCACGGAGGCGCAACAAUAUACCGCGAAUAGCUUUGUGGCUGGUGGAAGUUGGCUAAGAGCGACCACUUUUCCCUUCUCGCUAGGUUUGUGAGAAUUUGGUGUUAUUGGUUCUUAAUUAUAGUAUUAAUUGAGAAUAUUGAUCUCUAUAAUGAAUAAAUGACAAGAUGUCAUUGCCAAUGAGAAGUUUGGAUAGGGUUUGGAGAGAUUACUUCUCUAAUGUGGAGUGGAGUUUUUUUUAUUCUAUAAUUUAUGUUA